AUGUCAAACUAUCCCAACUACUACUAUCCUCCACCUGGUCCUCCACCCGGUACCAAUACGAACCAGUCACCGUCAACUUAUCCGUCCUACUAUCAGACACCUCUUAAUCCACCUCCAUCCGGUCAUCAGCAACCCAUCUAUCCACCUGCGUCAGGACCUUCUGGCCUACGAGGACCACCAAGUUACUACCCUCGCAUCGGCUUCACCAGACUUUCUGCCAAGUUCCACAUCUGGAAUGUCAUGACCAGCGGCGGCACCAGCUUUCUCGAACUUGGCCCUCACCUCAAAGGCCCAGUGGCCUACUCUGCAAAGAUGUUCUCUAGCAGCAGACUCAAGAUCAAAGACGGUCCAUAUUCAUCUGAGAAUCUACCUAUCUGCACCAUAGAGAGUCGGCAUACUUUCAGCAGUAAGAGCACCAUCAGCUUCAAUGGCUUUCAAGCCAACUUUGUGGAGACGAGCAUGUUUAAUGAUGGCGCUACCUGGCCAUUUAAUGUUGAUGUCAAUGGUACCUCUCAGAGAUGGCAGUGGAGAAAGAAGAAGACACAACAAACAUCAACACUGAGACAGAUAGUUGAAGCCUUUUCCGAGAGCGACCUUGGAAGCUGGGAGCUGAUACCUGUGUCAGGUCAGGGCUGGCCCAUCGCUACCUUACAUGCAUCUGGAGGUAACACCUUUGAGGAUAACGCAGCACUUGGUGUGUUUGAGUUUCACGGACCGGCAGCUAUGGGCCAGUUGGGAGACAUAUUUGCGAACGUAUCCAUCGCUAUCCUCUUGCGUAUUAUAUCGCAACAUUACAUUAGUAGAAUCGCUGCUUUGGCCGGCUCAUAG